AGCGCGCACGCGCCUCUUUGGGGGUGGGGGAGGUGUUUCCCCGCCACACCCAUCAUGCGCCUCUUUUCUCUACUUACUUCACAGUCGGGAUUUUGCCGAAAGUUGUUUGUGUAGCUCCGCGUUACUGCACUACUUGUGCCCCUCCCCGAGCUCGCGCGCUUUUGCUGAGAUGAAGUCCUGCUUCUGGAUUCUUUUCUUCGCAACUUUUGCGCUGCGCGCGCUCCCCCAAGAAGGGUUUGAUCUUAGUGAUGCUUUUGGUGACGACGACAACCCCGCUCCAACAAAGCGCCCAGAGAAACCCAAGAGUGGAGGUGGUGGGAGUGCAGGGGAUUUUGAUCUCUUCGAUGCCUUUGGACCAGAUCCAACACCUCGGCCACCUGCGAAAGACCCAAAGAAGCCAGCAGGAGGUGGCUUUGAUCUAAAUGAUGCCUUUGGUCCAGACCCUGAGACACAGAAGCCCAAGGUGGUGGUCCCCAAAGAUGGUGGAACUGGAGGUGGGUCAUUUGGAGACUCAGACUUGGAAGACAUCGGUAACGACGGAAGCUAUAAACCAGAUCCAGGCAGGGGCGGAGCCCGUGCCGCUGACCCCGCCUAUGGAGGCGGUGGUGGUGGUGGUGGUGGUGCUGAUGAACCUCAAGAUUUAGCGCUACUGUGGGCCCAGUUCCUGAAGCAGCUCAGCGCUAACGUUCCCGAGAGCUUCCAUGAUUGGAUAAACAACUUAAAACAAGUAGUUGUGCCGUUGCUAGAGCGAGUCAUGAAGCUCCUUGAUGUGACCCAGUGAACGGGACUGCAUUUGUUCUUGUGAAGUUAACCUUCCUGCCUCUGUGUUGUCGCUGGACUUUUACUCGGCGGCAGGUCCUGCGGGGUCGUCUCUCACCACUGUGGCUUUUUUAAUUUUUUUUUUUUUUUUUUGUUUUUAAAAUAAACCUGGACUACUAUAACAUGGAUUUAAUUCGUGUUCCAGUCUGGGAGUCUCGAGGAUGGAGGAUAUAAUUUCCAGAGCGGUGGACCAUCACAAAUUUUCUUUUUGUCAGGCAGUCUUUAAACUCGAGUCACCGGCGUUGCAGCUUUUUAAUGCACCGUGAAGUGAACUGGGGCCUUUCCGGCUGGGAGUUUUUUUUUUUUUUUUUCUGUUUCUCACUUGCAUGGCUUAAUUUACACAAAAAUGAUAGCAAAAAAGAAGGAUGGCAUGAAGGUUGAAAUAGCGUGUGCCUUUGGCAUCAUUUACUGAUAGCUGAUUAAGGGUGUUUGAGGUUAGGCUUAGGUGGGGCUUUUAUUGUAGUCCUGUCUCUCUUUACUGGGAUUGAAGACUUUUAAAUGGGAUUUUUAGUCUAUAAUAAAUUACUUUUUUUCUUUUUUUUUAAAAAAAAAAAUAUGGGUUUCAUUCGGAGAUGUAAUCUCACAGCCUUAAAUUGUUUUGUCAUUUCUCAAAUUUGUUUGUAUUUAGGAACACACUGUUUGCUCAGCAGGCCUGACAGCUAAUGAAUUUAGCAGUGGCCUUAGUCUCCCUUAAGGGUUCUUUGCCUUUGUAUGUUCUUAAAAUACUAGAUUAUUUUAUGCAAAGCGAUCUGUCUUCUGUGUUGAAUGAACCUGCAGAAAUAUGGGCUGUAACCUUUCAUGUUUCUCUUUUUUGAACUGUUAAACUAUACUACCCAUGCACUAGUGAUGGGCGUAUUUGUAAUUAAUCUGAUUCUGCAACACUUUACUGCUCUUUUUAUAAAGAUUAGGUUUUGUAUCUAAUUUUUUGUUCCUUAGUUGCAAUCUUUCACUUGAAAAGCUUCUCAGGUUUUUGUUUACUCAAGUCCCCCCCCCCAUGCAUUACACAUUUUUAUUCUUGGUCUUAGAUUUUGUAAAUACAUUAAAAUGGUUGUUCUUUGGGUAACAGCUUGUCUGCUUGAAAUGAGACUUUCUGCCAUUUCAGGCUUCCUUUUCCACUCCAUGCCUGUUUGUGACUAGAGCAGCGCUGCAAAGGGGAAAUGGUUCCAUGUCUCCGUCUGUGGAGGUGGAAUCUUGCCCAGUAUCUUCAUUAUGUAUUGAAUAUGUGCGAGAGAAGCUUACUGGACUUCAGCCCUUAUGGUAUUUUCCAGUGUUAAAUCGUUCUGAGUUGUCAGUCAGUUUCGCAUAUAAACACCCGGUGGAGUAUUUCAUCAUAUUGCUUUUUCUCAUAUUUUUUUAUUAUUUUUUUUUUUCUGUGUGCAUUUGUGUCAGAAAUCUCUGUACAGUCAUUCCCUGCUUAAGACAUGGUCUGGUUUUGGAAAUCUGCUUGUUAGGGAAGUUCACAUUAAGUCAACAUACCAUUUGUUUUGGUUUGAAUGGAGAAUGUUUUCUCCUACCAAAAAAAAAAAUAUAUCAUUCUCCACCAUGUAUACAUCCAUAAUUUUUUUUUUUUUUUUGUAAAAUAGACAGAAUAAUAUCAGGACAGUUAGUUCUUUGCACUGAUUUAUUAAGACACAAUACUUGAUUACCAGUCAUUAACAUUGUAAUGCUGACUUGGUCGGUCACCCACUUGGCUGAAUUGUCAGUACCCACCGUAUGUUCAUCUUGCUUUUCAGAGUGUUUUAACGGAGUCAUUCUUUAAGGGAAUAAAUGGGUGCAAGUCAGUGUUUCUUCCAAAGCUCAUUAAGAAAAAGUCCACUAAGCAUGGCAUGCCUGUGCAGGGUCUCCCCCCCCCACCCCCGUCUUUCUUUCAUGUGUUCCUUUAAGGUUUCAGUUCCGUGAGAUUUGGAGAAAAAAUAAAACUUUCAAUGUGAGGGCUAGAUACUGGAGUCUAGCCAGGGUUGUGCUCGGGUUCUCAUGUUACCAUUAAAUAAAGACACAUCUUCAUAAAGUGACUGAAUAAAGUUUCCAAUUUCCUCUAAUUGUUUCCGAGGAAAAGAACUUACUUUCUUGCGUUCAUGAAUUUUAACAAGUCAAUAGAUCCAUUUUCCUUUAUUCAGCUAAGGCUUACGGCAAGUUCUUUACAGGUUAUAGAAAAAGUACAUUGUUUCCUAAACAGAAUAAGAAUGUGCUGCCAUCUUCUGGAAAAUAUUAGUGGCUUCAGACUGGAAAGAUGUCUAAGAAAAAACACAAGUCACAAGGAUUUCGGUUGAUAUGGACUUUCAGCACUGCAUGUGUCUGUGUGUGUCCUUAC